AUGAGCUCUAAGUUUGCCAAUCGCAGAAAGCCCCGCAAGGUUGGCGGGGAUGAUGAGGAGGACGAUGGAGGUGCUGCGCCAGAGCCAGUCGUUAAGCGCCCAGCCGCCUUUAGGCCAAAGCAAAAAUCCAAAUUGCAGUUAUCCUUUGGCCCCGAGACGUCAAUGAACGAUGAAGACCAAGAGAGCGAAGUAGUCCUACCGAAACGCCACGGUCUGGGCCGCAAGGCAAUAGAAAGGAGUGGUCAAAUCCCCUCAGUGUCGUCUGAGAAACUUUCCGCUCGAGUCAACCAGGACCAAGACCGGCCUACCUAUAGCCAUGACUACUUGAAGGAACUUCGCGACUCCACACCCUCAACACCAAAGACAACUACCGACGAUGAAAGCAGCAAGGCUGUUGAUGUUGCAGCUAAGUUUGGGGAGAUUAUGACUAUUCCGGGACAGGCCCACAUCCCCAGCGAAGCUGAGAUUCGAGAGAAAAAGGCCCGACGCGCACGUCUGGCUAUGGAACACGGCGCGGGGGAGGACGAAUUCAUUUCAUUGGACGUUAACAAUGCAGCCAACACCGAUGACUGGGAUGCGGUUGUACGAGGGGAAAAAGAAGUCGAAGAAGACACAAGACUGGUUCGGGAUGAUGAGGACUUUGCGGAAGGGUUCGAGGAGUUCUUCACAGAGGAUGGCAAGAUGGCGCUUGGGCGAAAAGCAGAGCGCGAGAAGAAGCGGAAGGACCGUGAGGCAAUGCGUGACCUCAUUGAGGAUGCCGAGGGUAUCUCCGAUGAAGACGACUCUGACUUGGAGGAAAAGGCUGCUUAUGAAGCCGCUCAGGUUCAUGCGGCCAUGGGUCAUGGCAAGUCAGCUGGCAUUGAUCGUCCGAAGACUCCUCCCAAGGUCACAUCUCUUCCACGACUGACUAGUAGUUUUGAACGAUUGCGCACGUCUCUCGCGUCCAUGGAAGGCUCGAAAACACAGAUGAUCAGCCGAAUGGAGGAAUUGAGGAAGGAGAAGGCAGAUAUCGCGAUUCGGGAGGUGGAGAUCCAGGCGAUGAUAAAGGAAGCUGGCGACAACUACGAGCGACUCAAGAAGGAAGCUGCUGUUGUCUCGAGUGCAAAGCUCGAUGCCUCCAAUGGAGCUCUAGAAAAGUCUCGAGGAUUGGAAAGUAUCGGUGCUCCUGUGCCUGUACCAAGAAGAGGUUCCUCAAUGUCGGAUUCCUCGGAUUCCAGCUUUGAGGAUUCUUCAUAG